AUGAACUUAAAAGUUGUGGUUCCACAGAAGAAUCGGAACGAGGUCGUCGAAAGCGCUAAAACCGAGCAACUCGACACCCUUAAGGAGAAAACGCUGUAUGUUAUCAAGCUGGAGACGGAAAAUGUGAUGUUGGAUUCUGAUAAAAAUGAAAACUGUACCAUUGAAGUGUCUCCACCCGUUCGAGAUGAAUCCGAGUAUACCCUGACCGAAGCCAAUCAUGACUCGCACUCAGCAUACAAUGAAGACAAUAAUGGUCCAUGGCAGCUCAAGUUCAGGCAAGGAAGUGUACUUGGGGAGAACCAAAACAGUAUCAGUGAAGGCCAUGGAAGCUUUACGAGACAAGUCGAUGCCGAACUCGAUGGUGAGGCAAAUGACAAGGAACAUGGUGAGGGAAAGGAUGUUUUAAGACAGCAAGAAGUGGUGGGAAAGGGUUUGUUUAAUAAAGUGAUCGAAGAAACUGCGAAUAAACUUGUGGAAACACAGAAAAGUAAGGUUAAGGCCUUAGUUGGCGCCUUCGAAACGGUGAUCUCCAUCUCCCUGCAAGAUGCAAAAGCUUCAACAAACACUGUGAGUGAGUGA